CUUAGUUCCUCAACCAGGUACACUGUGAUAUCAGGACCACGGGGCCGCGCAUUCAACAAAGGAGGUGGGGCUGUCGGAGGCGCGUCUGGUCGUUUUUACAACGUUUGCUUUCAUAGCCGUAUGGAGACCGUGGCUCUGCUGCGCACGACGCACCUGACGUGACUGGCAAGAAUGGGGGUACGGGAACUGUGGUGUACUUGGACAGAUAAACAAACCUCUUCGUGUUAAAUAUAAACGAGAGAAGAAAUAUCAAGAGUCCACCUUGGACGUCUUAAGACUUACUCAUUGCAGACUGGAUAGUGAUAAGUAAACUAAGAGAUAAGCCAGCAAGGCAAGGGAAUCCGGGAGGGGAGGGUGGGAAGUGGGCUUUGGGAAAUCUGGAGCCCCCGGAAAAAGAAGCGCGGGUUAGCGGGGUACGUUUUUGCGGAAACAGUGGAAGAACACGGAUCAGUGGGGCAGGAGCACCGGGGAAACGAGCUGGUCUCGAGUGGGCCGCUGCACCGAUCUCCUGCCCAAACGGAGACGUCGUUUACAGGGUUCUGCGGACCUACCAUAAGAAAGACUCCGACAGUUAAAUGGCAAUCGCAUUGGUUCCUCCAGCGGUCGAGGACGGAUAAGUGCGACUUGCACCAACAGACCUUGAACAAGGCCAGGUUGGACAGGUUCGACGCCGCCGUCGCUGGUGUUACACUUACGGCCACCGCGGGGUGGAAAUGUCUGCUUUUUGCCUCGAUUUCCCUGCCUCCUCUUCGCCACCAUCCAAUUCAGCAUCCGCUGAGCUGGAUAGCUCCCGCAUGGAUCAGCCGCACGACCACAACACGAAGCCACCCCCAGGUGGUGGUGGGUUUACGAACGAUCUUAAUGGUCGGGCACUUCUGGGGUUGGGAUUGGCGCUGGAAGAAGAGUUGGCAUUAUUGCCAGGUGAGACAGAGCUGGACACGGGAGAUACAGCUCACGGACAGGAGCCUGAUCUGUUGUCGCUUAUCCGUCAAAAGGAGAAAGAUUUAGUGCUCGCAGCCCGACUGGGAAAAGCCCUCUUGGAGCGGAAUCAGGACCUGACGAGGCAGUACGAAAAGAUGCACCGGGAACUAAGCGACAAGUUAGAGCACUUGGAACAAGAAAAACAUGAGUUGCGGCGUCGGUUUGAGAACCGUGAGGGUGAAUGGGAGAGUCGUGUUGCAGAGUUAGAGUCCGAUGUCCGGCAGUUGCAAGAAGAGUUAGAGAGACAGCAGGCCCAGCUGCGUGAAGCAGAUCGUGAGAAGACUAAAGUGGUGAAAGAGCUUACCGAACAAAACCAACGACUCUUGGAGCAACUCAACAGGGCAGCAGAAGUGGAGAGGCAGCUAACCUUGCAGAUCCAGUCACUCAGGGAUGAGUUUCGAGAGAAGAGUAUUUCCAGCAGUCAACACAUGUCUCGAUUAGAGAUCCUGCAGGCCGAGAUUAAAAUGCUCUCGGAUCGCAAGCAGGAGCUGGAGCAGCGUGUUGGUGCAGUACUGGAGGAUAACGACAUUCUUCAGGGGACAAUUGAUGCACUGCAAGAGCGAACACUACUAUUCGAGAGACAAAGCAAUGAUAAAGACUUACAGCUGCGUCAGAACCAGGUAGAACUUCAAGAAGUGCGUCUUGCUCACCGGCAGCUGGCAGCUCGAAUGGAGGAGUUGAGUGAGGAGCGGAGCCUGCGAAGUCUGGGUUCCACAUCUACUUCGUUGCUUUCUGAGAUUGAGCAGAGCAUGGAGGCUGAGGAAUUGGAGCAGGAGAGAGAACAGUUAAGACUUCAGCUCUGGGAAGCCUACUGCCAAGUCCGUGCACUCUGCUCACAGCUACGGGGCAAUGACAUUACAGAUUCUGCCCUAUCCACUGACUCGUCAAUGGACGAAUCAUCCGAUACCUCGUCUGCCAAAGAUGUCCCAGCUGGCAGCCUGCAUAAUGCCCUGCAUGAGUUGAAGCGACUCACUCAAAAUUUGCUGGACGGGAAUGAAUCCACAGGCUCCCGUCGGAGUGAUGAGGAUGCUUUGGAAGAACAGGUCAAAAAGAUGAGUGAGGAGAUGCGUGUCCUGAGGGAAAAGAAUGAAGAGGAGCAACAAAAGGUUCAUUUGGGUCAGGAGGAACUUCUGCAACUUCAGCAUCAGCUGACACUCAUGUCUCAGGAAAUGAUUGACUUGAAAGAAGAGAGGGAGCAGCUCAAAACGACCGCUGAGGAAAGAGCAGCAGAUUGGCAGCUUCAGAAGGCUAUUCAUGACCGUGAUGAGGCAAUCUCAAAGAAGAAUGCAGUAGAAAAGGAGUUGGCCAAGUGCAAAAGUGACAUUAUGAGCCUCAACAGUCAGCUCCUGGAUGCCAUCCAGCAGAAACUGAACCUAUCCCAACAACUAGAGGCGUGGCAGGAUGACAUGCACAGGGUCAUUGACCAGCAGCUGAUGGACAAACACCAGGCUGAAUGGAGAGAGCCGCCAUAUUCGUUCUCGAACAGUGCAGGCCGGCGUGGCUGUCUGCCCCCUUCUGCCCAGCUGGAGGACCCCGCCUGUGGGGGGGCAGAGGCAAAGUGUCGUUUCUCAUUCUUUAAAAAGAACUGAUAGUUUAUAAAUCUAUAAAUAUCACAAGACUGCCAGCAGCAUGGACAAAUCCAAAGAUUUACUAUUUUUGUAAACUCUCAGAAAGUAAAUAUCUAUAUAACUUAAUACUUUGCUAAACAUAGGAGAAGAGAAUUUAAAAUGAGCCGAGACUGCUGUGUUUAUUCAGCUCAAUGUUUACACAAGGUGGGCAACAGUUGCUUGCCAAGUACCGUGCUUGUGCACUAUUGCACUUUUUAGGUUCUCGCGUGACAAGUUUGCACUGAUGAUCUUGCUGAAAUAUGCAAGUCUUGGUCAUUGUUCUGCAAAUGUCAUGCAGCUUGUGAGCUACUCUAACCCUUCACUCCUCACUAAGCUCGAAAGACAUGGUGAGGUGAAUGGUCACUCCCAAUACUGACUGGAAUAAGGGAGCUAUACUGUAAGAAUACAUCUUCAGUUCCUUGGUCAUUAUAAUACCCAGUGUGCCCUACAUACAAAAGGUACACUGUGACUAGAUUUUGUAAUGGCUUGACCUGGAAAUGAAACUUACUUUAUGCAAUCGCCACAUCAGUCCUAGUUUGCACAACAGCCAAAUCUUGUUUUUUCAGCCUUGAACCAUCUUUUCUCCAAAUUCUAUAAAAGGCCCACAAGGUUAUUUUUCAUCAGUGCAAGAGUUUGCAUAUUGAAUGAGACAUGGAUCACAUGGUAGGCUUGUUCAAUGGCGCUGGAAUGCUGUCUCAAAGGGGGCCUAUAGUAAUUUAGUUUUACAGCUGCUAUGUAUUUUGGGCUCCUCCAUGAAUAGGUCCAGAUUUUAUACAUAAAUACAGAUUAUCAGUUGCCAGUAGAAAUACUGUCUGUUUUACAUGCAAUAAGUGAGUCUACUGUGAACACAGUACAUCAGUUAAAUCACUGAUGACUACUGUGAAGAACAAAUGUUUAAUAAUGCCACCAUUUCAAUAAAAAUAACUAUAGCAGCCUGCAUGGAAAAUGUGACACCGCACUUUGCAACACCCAUGUAGAGUAACAUGUUUUCUCUUGUCCCUCCAUACCCUAAAUAAAAAGCAUUAAUUUUU